AUGAAUAGUAAUACUAAUGCAUUUGGCGCAAAUAGCAAUGCGUUUGGUACUUCUACACAAACUGGUUUUGGUAAUAACACAUCAAAUGCUUUCAAUACUGGUGCAAAUACGGGUCUCAACGCCGGUGGAGGGUUAUUUGGCUCUCAGAAUACGCAAGGUAACACCGGAAAUGCAUUCAACCAGGGAAACACCGCUCAAAAUAGCCCAUUUGGUGCAGCGGGUGGCUCAAAUAAUACACCAGGAUUCGGAAUUAACUCAAACCAACCUCAAAAUGUUUUUGGUGCCCAGAGUUCGCCCUUCGGCAAUAGCAAACCAGUGGGUUCUACCGGUUUAUUUGGAAGCCAACCAGCAAAUACUAAUAAUGCCUUUGGUAAUGCAAAUUCUACCAAUAACGCCUUUGGAUCAACCAAUAAUAUGCAAAACAAUUCUCCAUUUGGUACAAAUUCUUUUGGAAAUAAUACAAGUAACACCAAUACAGGUCUCUUUGGCCAACAGAACACUUCAGGUGGUGGAUUGUUUGGUAAUAACCAAAAUCAAACUAAUGCUUUUGGAGGUCCUCAAAACAAUAACGCUAAUAAUUUCACGCAAAACAAGCCUGCCAACGCGUUUGGACAACCAAAUACUAUGAAUAACGCUUUCGGCAAUAAUUCUACUGGUGGCCUGUUCGGUAGCACAGGGACGUCUUCGACUGGUGGAUUAUUUGGACAAAAUGCUUCGAAUUCUUUUGGAAAUAAUAACAGCACUACUACUGGUGGUGUAUUUGGUCAAAAUUCCAACCCAACUAAUCAGUUUGGAUCUCAAAACACCGGAUUAUUUGGAUCUCAAAACAAUCAACAACAGAGUGGAUUAUUUGGACAAAACCAACAAAACCAACAAAACCAACAAAACAGUACCGGACUCUUCGGAUCAAAUAAUACCAGUAAUGCAAUGACAGGAGGUUUAUUUGGUCAGAAACAACAGAGUAACACCAACACUUCAACAGGCCUGUUUGGACAACAAAACAAGCCAGCAACAGGUGGUUUAUUUGGCCAGAGCAACUCAACGGGCCUUUUUGGAAACAGCAACCUCGGUAAUAAUACGCAAUCCACUACCGGUGGCUUGUUUGGUACCUCUAAUACAGCAAACAAUGCUUUUGGCUCAUCAUCAACUCCAACAACUGGUCUUUUCGGGCAAAAUAAUAAUCAAAAUAACUCCAGUGGUUUGAAUCAAAAUGUGUUGCAAAAUAAUAAUACACAAGGACAGAACAGUUUUGGACAAGCCACUAACACUGGCAUUGGUUUUGGAAAUAAUACUGCGACUGGUUUUAACCAAAAUCAACAAACCUCUACUUCUGGAUUAUUUGGUAACAAAACUCCAGCUAGCGGUGGAGGCGGAUUAUUUGGUACACAAAACACAACUAAUGGCACGAACACUCUUUCUGGAGGUUUUGGAAACACUCAAGCAAAUCAGGCAUCCGGUUCAUUAUUCGGCAGUAAACCCCCUGGGUCGGCUAAUACUUCGGGAACAACAGGCUUAUUUGGAGCAUCACAACAAUCAGGUCAGACCUCGCAACCUGGAGGACUAUUUGGAUCUAAACCCACAGUGGGAGGUUUGGGAGCACCUCAAACCACCGGCACUUCUCUUUUUGGUCAAAACAAUGCUCAAUCAACACCCGGAGGAUUGUUCGGUAAUAAACAACCUACUGUAACUGGUGUUGGUAGUGCCAAUACCACAACACCAACUGCAAAUACACUCGGUACUGGAUCUACAUCAUUAUUUGGAAAUAAAUCUUCAACUGGUAGCACGGGAAGUACUUUUGGAAAUUCAUUAGGAAAUAAUACUUCUGCGACAACUUCCUCAACUGGAGGUCUUUUUGGUAGCAAAUCUCAAAAUAACAAUAGUUCAAUAGCUUUUGGAACUCAAACACCAUCCACACUCGCACCUUCUACUGCACCGGCUCUAACAUCCCUGAAUCACAGUGCUCAAGCGCCUAACACUGUGAAAACAACUUCUCUUGGUACAGGAUCUUCAAUAAACACUACUAACCCAACUCUACCACUGGCCAACAGCACUAAUAGUGAACAGAAGUUACCGAACUCACUAACUCAGCCAGUCAAAAUUCCACCUUCAACCAUGAAGGCAGCUUCCAAGAAGGAUUCAAGCUUAACAUCAGCUUACCGCUUAGCCCCAAGAGCCUUGUUUAUGUCAUCUGAUGAUAAGACGACCAGUACAUUAAGAAGCCAUUCUGCUAGCAAAGACAGCAAAAAUAGUACAGAAAUUACUCAUUUGCCAUUGGAAAACAUAACAAAUACUAGUAGAUCACUAGGUGACCAACUUUUGUUCAACCCAGAUAAAAAAUCAUUCAGAAGCUUGAUUAUAAAAAAUAAAAAGGUCCCCGAGAAAAUAGCAAAUAGUGAAUAUAAGCGAAUUACCUUCGAAGCAAAAAAUAAGAAUCAAGGUGUUGACGAGUCAGAAUUAGAAUCUCCAAGAAAUGACACACCUUCUCCUUAUGUUAACACGAGUGGAAGGAUUAGCACACCGUCAAAAGCAAUGGCUGCUAUGGAAUUUAAUACAACAUCUGUGAACAAGAGUAGUGCAAUAGAUUCUAACAAUACCAAGAAAGAACAAUUAUCUGAUGUAAAUGAUAUUUCAUUCACGGAUCAUGGCUAUUACAUUAUUCCUUCACUUGAUACCUUAAACGGAAUGCCUUUAGUCGAGCUAAGAAGUGUGAAUGGAUUGGUUGUAGGCCAUAAGGAUUACGGUAAAGUUGAAUUCUUAGAGCCUGUUGAUUUGGUUAACGUUCCAUUGAAUAGCAUCUGUGAUAAACUUAUUCACUUUGAACCAAAAACCUGCAUUCUAUAUCCAAAUUCUCCAAUAAAACCAAAGAAAGGAGAGGGUAUGAAUGUGCCUGCCAAAAUUACUUGUUUUGAUUGCUUUCCUAUAAAUAAGUCAACAAGGGAACCUAUUUUGGAUGCCAACAGCACACUGCUCAAAAAACACAUUGAUAAACUGAAAAAAGUUCCCGGAACGAAAUUUGUAUCAUAUGAAGAAAAGACCGGUAAAUAUGUUUUUACUGUCGAUGAACCAAUAUUAUGA